CACAAGACCUCUCACUCUCCUAGUCUCCUCAUCUAUACACUGUCUCGUCUCUAUCUGUGCAUCAGCUCAUUUUACCAGCGUGCACCAUCUAGCUUUGCCGCUCUAAUUAUCCCCUUCACAUGCUGCUCUCUCUUCUCGCUUCUCACCUGGCUGCUCACGUUGUUCUCUUUACUCCGGCCAUUCAAUCGUUUCCCCACGCUGUCACAUGGCGCUCCAUUAAUAUAUAGCACCACACCACCAGGCACCAGGCCGGCUCCUCCAGCUGCGAGCUCCGAGAACGCAACAGCUCGCUGUGGCUGUGCUGUAUGUGCUGUACCCGAGCUCGUAGCAUCGGCUAGCUAGCUCUCUCUCUCUCUCUCUCUCUCUCUGUGCGCGUGUGUGCAAGCGCAAGCACGUACGCUUCCACUUGCGGCCGGCAUGUCGGGCAGGUCGUCCAGGAGGGGGAGGAGCGGCGGCUUCAUGCUGCGGCAGCCGCCGGUGGUGGACGUCGGCUGCAACUGCCGCUGCCCGAAGCUGUUCUCCGUCUUCUCCUCCUCAUCGUCGUCCCUGUUCCGCGGCGGGGGCAAGCCCAAGUCCCCGAACGCCUCCUCCACGUCCACCACCACGGCGUUCACGGCCACCACCGCGGGCGGGGGCAGCGGCACCACGGCCACCUCCACCGACUCCUCCUCCUGGGGCCCCGCGUCGUUCGUCGCCACCAACUCUCUGUACGACGACCCGGUGCCGGCGGUGGCGCCGCCGCCGCACGAGCGGGAGCAGCAGGAGGCGAGGCGGCGGCGGAGGCAGCAGCAGCAGCACCGCCGGCGCCGCCGGCGCGCGGCCCCCGCCCCCGCGCACCACGGCGUGGGAGACGACGACGAGCACGGGCGGCGGGUGGCGCGCGAGAGCGUGGCGGUGGCGGUGGAGUCGGCGGAGCCGUACGAGGACUUCCGCGAGUCCAUGGUGCAGAUGGUGGUGGAGAAGGAGAUCUACGCGUGGGACGACCUCAACGACCUCCUACACCAGUUCCUCUCCCUCAACUCGCCGCGCCACCACCCGCUCAUCCUCCACGCCUUCGCCGACCUCUGGACCCGCAACGGCCUCUUCUGCCCGCCGUCGCCCUGCCAGUUCUAGCUAGGCAACCAACCACCGCUCGCCGCCCAACGCGAGGCGCCACGCCACGCCAUGCUCGUACUACGCUUGCACACUGUAUUAACCACUAGCUAGCUUACUACAGUACUAGUCUUCGUCUUACCACCACUACUACUACGGCUACCCCUCCACUCAGAAAUCGUUCCGCCAUUAACGGAGCUCGCAGCCGCAGCUCGCGCGUGACCGGGACACUAUUAACCGAGGUCCCGGCCGGCGAGCUGCAUCUUGCGUAGCUGCCAUGGACGCCAAGGCCCUGAGCUUAUUAAUUAGGCUGACGAGCAGGAGAGAACGAAGGCUAUGCACGAUUAACUGUUGAUGCCUGCUGUAAUUUUCACCAGUGUAAUGCCGUAAUUCCAUUUCGUUUGCAA